AGAAAAUGGCGUAUUGUGUUAAAAGUUUUUAAAAAAAGGUAGAUGGUUUGAUUGACACGGUUCCUAUAAACACAAAAAGGCAACAGCUAAUGAAAGUUCGGACCGUACAAUACUUUUAAGUUAUAUUUGCCUCCUUUUGGAUCAGGCACGCUUUGUUAUCUGGCAUAAAUGAAUCAAACCCAGAUUCAGCAAUUGACCUCACACCUAUCGCAGGCACUUGAUCAAAACUAUGAUGUCGUUAAUAUGGAGACAGUUCUCUCUGUCAUUUGUGCAUUGGAAGGUACAACGAUUACGAAAGAGCAAUUGGAAGCCACCAGAUUGGCAAAGUACAUAAAUCAACUUCGACGUAGAACUAAAAAUGAUCAGUUAGCACGUCGGGCCAAAUCGCUUUUAAAGAAAUGGCGUGAAAUGGUGGGAAUCCAUCAGCAGACAUCAAUUGAUUCUCAGUCGCAACACGUGGAUCAAUCAACAUAUAAACCGAUGGUGGAAACUAACCUAACAGAAUCCGAAUCGAACACAACAGAAGCAGGCUUCAACCCACCCCAGCCUUUUUCCCCGACAUUACAGCGUGUUAUCUCUCAUUUGCACUCAAAUAUUGAUUCCUCUGAACCAAAACUUGAUCAUCAAACCAACUUAUCAAGCUUGAUAAACAAUAAUAUUAACAAUGACAAUAGUGAAGAAUCGUUGACAAUCGUUAACAAACUGUUUAUUCAACAACCAAAAUCAAGCGAAUUCAAAACUCAAAAAUCAUCGACGAUUAUAAGUGAACAUGUGGCGAACGAUAAAUUGAAUCAGGCCUCUAUUGUAAUUGAUAUUGUCUCAGACUCUGAUGAGAACGAUGCAACCAACAGUCAAAAAAAGCUAGAAAGAGAAUCAUUAGCAACUUCCAGCCAUUACUUCAGGCCCAAGAAGCUAAAAAAGGAUAAGAAAGGCAAGGAUAGGGAUAGUCGAGAUAAACCUUCUUUAUUCAAUUUGAAAGGCGAAACUUCACAACAGUCUAGAAAUUCAAAAAAGUCAAAUUUACAUCGCUCGCUGAAGGAAUCAAAAACGCCAAAAGUAUAUUCAGCAGAUCCUGAAAUUUUAUCAUUGUCGAAUAGCUCGAUGAGCUCAAUCCUAUCUGGAGAUGCCGUUUCGGGAAACUUUCAAACUCGACCUCAUCCUUCGGCAGCAGAUUUGACAUUUGCGGGCAGAUUUAAGUCCGCCGGUCGACUAGAAACUUUUAGUAAUAUAAAUUCCUUGCAAGCGAAUGGUCAGAAAUCUACUGCUAGUGCUAUUGACACAAGCAGCGAGGUGCCAACACGUCCAAUUUGUGAAGAGAAUAAUGAUUCAAAUACCUCAUGUAGUCGAUUAUCGCCGUAUGAUGAGCUUGAGCCGAAGUUCGAUCAAAUUCGCUUAAAGUCAUGUGAAGAAAGAAUUCCAAAAAAACGUGGCCGCAAAAAGGGAUCCAAAGGUGUAGAUUCACUAAUUGCAAAGGAAUCAAGUCUAUCGCAGCAAAUAUUCUUUGGAUCUGGUGUAAAAAAAGUAAAAACCACUAAAGAACUGUUUAAUGAGAUACAAAGUAGGAAGUUAAGUACUUCAUUCAACCGCAGUGAGAACACAAUAACAGCGCCAUCAGUAACGAAUAGAGUGUUAAAUACUAGUUCAACUAAUGUUCGAAAUUCGGACUGUCGGUUUUUGCAUACGAGACCGGCGUCAUCUUGUUCAGAAACAUCAAUCCACUCUCCGCAUGCUUUAGAACCAUUCUCAUCAAAUGUUUCUCUAGCAGGAACCGAAAAACAUUCAAAUACACUGGAAGACCCUGGAAAUACAGAUAGUGAUACGGUUACAUCAGAGCAUUCACGAGACAGCAAACCUCGAAAUAUGAGAAUACACUCAUUGGAUAGUAACAGCAAUUUGCAUCAGCAUGCAUCAUCGGCCAAAAAUGGGGAAGAUAUAGAAUUAAAAACGGAUUAUAAUGAUGUUAGAACCCAAUUAAUGCAUAUUGUACGCAGUUUAAGUAGUCCGCUUACUGUUGACGAGACUGAAAAGCGAUAUCAGGCUGAAAUCGUGCCAUGCACUUGCAUAAUUUUUGAAGACAUGCCAAACGAAUCAUAUGAACAUAAAAAGCUCAGUGAAAUCGAUAGAGAAUCAGAUUUGGUAAAAAAAGGUUCGUUUGAUAUUGAUAUUUCUCGCGAUAAUGAGCAAACAGCUUUAAAAACUGAAAACUGUGUCGUUGACGCUGCUGAGCAGACUAUUGCUAAAAAGCCAAUGAAAUCGAUUUUUGAUUUAGACUUUGAUGAUGACGACGAUCCCUUGCUUACGAUUAUUAAACAUGUUUUACCAACAGAGUCGAGCGUGAAAACGAAACUUGAUUUUGAUGUUAAUCUAACGGAAUCUAACGUUAGCUUAGCUGAAGAAGAUAUCAAUAAAGACAUGAAAGCAGCAAUUACGGAUAGUCUUUCGGCAGAUCAGGAGUCCAGCAAUAUAAUAGCAGAGCCUAUAUCUAUCUAUACUGUACGCGAAGAUCCCAAAUGCAUUGCAAGGCAAAGGUUUGAUGUUCAAACGAAUGAUGUUACCAAUUUUCAUAUAAAUGCAUUACAUAACUAUUACAUACCAAACAUUAAUGGAAACUGGAAUAGCAUUGACUCGUCGUUAGUGUCAUUGUCAGUAACGGAAUUUUUGCAGACUUUGGAGUCCUAUACAGUUACCGAUGGAUCUGAUGUGGUGCCUAAAUAUGGAUCCCUCACAUACGAGCAACGGAUACGUAAGGACCUGAGCUAUCUAAAAUUCGUUCAGAAUUCUAAAUCAAAAAGUUUUAAGUCGGUUAUACCGCCAUUUUUGGGUGUCGCCAAGUGUUUACCAACGUGUCGUCUGGCAGCUAAAAGGCUGAAGGAUAAAACGAAAUCUCUACCAACAAUAAACAGUGCUAAUAAGUUAGGAAAACAGGAAAAGUCUGAAAUGAAUUGUAUUAGUAGUGGUCCCAAUCUGCUAAGAGUUGACGUCACUAUAAAUGAUACACAAAAAAACAAUGAAAGUCAAGUUCGACAUUCUGAUGAUGAUCUAAUAAAACGUAACGCUGCACUUAGUUACAAUCUGUUGAAAGUGGUUACCGAUAAUGGUGAGAAUCCUGAAAAUUUACAAAAAUCAGAUGAUUUAAAUAUUGAAUGUACAAAUAUGAAGUUCAGGCGCUAUAAAAGCAGAAGUUCUAAUUUACAAUUGACACAAGACUCAUUAAAUGAAAAAUUACGAAAUCAAAAGGCAGAAGAUACAGAGAAAUCAGAGUGGUCUGAAAGUAAUAUCGAACGAAAUAGAAAAAAACGUAGAAAAACAUAUAAUAGCACUCACUACGAUAAACACAAUAUAAAUAAUUUAACGAUAGAUGAAAAACCACGUAUUAAGCGCAUCAAAAUUGCAAUCCACGGAAAUGUUGCCACUCAUAGCCAGGUAUCGAUGAUCAGUGGUGGUGACAUCAGCAGCGGCGAUGAGGAAGGCGCUCAUAUAGAGAUAAGCGAUAUGGAAGUCGGCUACGAUACUAUUGGAUACUCUCAGUGUGCUCAGGCGGCAAGUGACGAUGAUCAUGGGUCGAACAGAAGUCAUUCAACAACCGUAGAUAGCCUAUUAGCAGACGAUGACCAUAUGGAGAAUGAUGAUGAUAAUAAUGGUGAUGACGAGGAAUAUGCAAUCGUUCAAAGACCGUUGGCUCAAGGCUGUGCAAGUAAUAAUCACAUUGUGCUGACAAUAAAGAAAACACCGAGUAAAAUUAACUCACCGGCUAACUCUAUCUCAGCAAUUUCUCCAAUUGUUGGUGUUGUCGCCGAAGGUGAGAUGUCAACUGGCAAACAACAGGACGCUGAAAUAAUCGCAUCAUUUCUCUCUAUAGAACCAAAGGCUGAAACACAUGGAUCGGAAUCAAUUCCUAUGCCUGACACCUGCUGCAAUAAUUUAGAGAAAUGUUAUCGGUAUAGCCAUCGUCGUCGUGUUCGACAUCGUCAACAGAUUUGCCAGAAGGAAACAAUAGAUAUUGAACUAAAUCACUUGUUCAAUAAUGUUCGCAGGAGUGCGCAGCCUUUGGUAAAAACACAUCAAAAAUUAUUUUUCACAAAUGAAUUAUGCAGACAGGAUAAAUCGGGACGAAAUGAGCGCAUCAUUAAUUACAGCAGUAGUAGUAGCAGUAGCAGCAGUAGUUCGAAUGAGGAUUAUAGUGAAACCGAGGAAAGCAAUUACAACCCUAGGCAAACUGAUCAAUGUUCAGUCGAUCCUUUAAAUAAUUAUAAAUUAAAGAAUGAGACUGGCCCGAUAACGUCUGUAAAGUGCAUUAUAGCAAAACAAGAUGCUGACCAUCGAGAUGACUUGUACUUCUAUUCUAGUGAUGAAUCCUCGAUUGAUGAUGAACAUAAUGAUAAUAAAGAAGGGCUGAAUGAUAUCAAGUUGAAUACGCUUAGUGAAUUACCAUUAGAGAACAAUGGUAUGCUGCCGUCUUUCAACUCUAUUGGUGCCACAAAUCAUCCUCAGCCAAAGCUCACAACAAUAGCAGAUUUGAAUUGUAAUGAUGGUAAUUUAUGCUAUAAUAAUACUAACGAUAAUUUAAGCGUUAUUCAAUCACAUGACUUUGACGGUGUGAGGGAUGCAAGUAAAAUGAAUAAUGUCAUUAAUAGUGAAAAUUCAAAUGGAAUGAUGAAAAGUACCGAAAAUUAUAAUCAAAUAUUAUCGCCGCAAACCAUGGAAUAUAGGAGUGGUAUUCGUAGUGUUGUUGACGAUUCUAGUAGUCGAGUCCAACAAUUCAAGGAGUGGCACCAAGUUCUUCAGCUUCAAUCAUACAAUAAUGAACCAUUGAUAGUUUUGCCAUAUGUUGUUCUUGAAUAAACCAUUUUUGAACGCCACUCUGGAUACUUGAAAAAUUUAAUAAUUAUUUG